GCUUUUUAAUACCUAAUAAAUACGACUAAUUAUUUAUUCCAUGCCAAUUUUGCCCUUGAUUUAGUUGUAGGAUACUCUUCCUUCGUUUUCCUGAGACGCAUAUUCCCAUCGCUAGCCUUCUCCAUUCUCUUGCCGCCUCAUCUCAGUCGUCUUUGUUCUGGCGCCGACCAGUCCACCACGGCGGCCGCGAUUAUUUUAGCUGUGAAAUAAUUGCACCUCCGGACUUCUUGAGUUCUUCUUUACGUAGAAAUACAGAGCGGUGCAUCGGAUUCAUCUCUAAAUCUUCAGUACAGAUCUAAUGAACAUCUCCUGAAGCAGCUCUCGGAAUAUUUUUCUGUUCAUUCCAUAUUAAGCCUUUUUUCAUUUAGAGGAUUGUCAUGCUUCAAUUUGGAUGUAAUUGUAAGCGAGUAAGGUCACCGGCAGAUAUGGAGGCCGUCGCUGCGAGUGAUGAAGAUAGCCGGAUAUUUUCUUGCCGUGAAAGACUAUUACAGAUUCAAUCUUUUCUUAAAGGCACUAUUACAGAUUCUGCUCGCCUCUCUUUCUCAAUUUUUAGUUAUUUUGAUUUAUUUUGUAAACUAAAACAUUUUUUUUGUCAACGUUAUGGAUUUUAUCUCAGACUCCGUAUGGAGUAGUAAUAGUGUAAUAUACUCGGUAGUUGGUAAUUACUACUCAAUUGAUUGGUGAUUACAUCAAUGAUUUUUUCCAAAAUAAAUAAUUAAAUCAUUUCCAAAUAUUAAUUUAAAUAGAUGCAUUUGCAAUAUCCAAAGAAAAGAAAACAAAAGUAGUGCUUUGUACAUACAAACAAGCUGAAAGCAGCGAAAUAAGGAAUGUAUUUUAUUGUCAUUGACAUUCUUAUGACAAUAUCGUUGACAUUGUUUUUUAUUGACAUUUUUAUGACAUUGUCAAUGACAUUCUUACGACAUUAUCGUUGACAUUGUUUUUUAUAUUUGCGGUUUCAGAUAGGUCUUAUUUAUGAGAAAUGGUCAUAACUAGGACUUAUAACUAGGACUUAAAAUGUCCGUAAAUACUUAAAUAGGAGCCAGUCUUUUUUAACUCGUAAAUAGGACUUCUUUUUUACUUUGUUCCAAAACUGCCCCACGAGAUUCCUUAUCUCUCGUCCACAAUCUCACCAAACACUCUCUCACGCUCCUUCCUCCAUAGCCAUGGCAGGCUGCAGCUUCAACGUCCAGCACGGCAGAAGGAGUUGAUCUGUAGUGGCGUACUGGCGUUGUAGAUGUGGUGAGACUGAGACAGAUAAGAUACGACAGUGUGGCGCCGACGACUCAACAGAGAAAAUGCAGCGGCGCCACAGAUGUUUUUUGCUAACGACUCCCUUCUUUCCUUAGCUCGGCAGCCGACCUGUUUUUUUGCUCCGUCUCUGCGCGUGAACCUGCACUGUUUUUGGAUCGCUGCCUUCUCAAAGCGGGGAUCCCGGGUUUACUAGUGCUAUAAUCGCAGGGGUUAAGGAGAUGCAUGUGCAAUUUGUGGUUGUGGGUUUGCAAGGAAUCUUUCAAGAUGAAGGCUUGAUGAUCUGUCCCCCUCGUGAGCCACCGCCGAGGAUGAUGUUUGAAGCAGGGUUUCGUUUGUUCUGUCAGUUUAUUUUACUUAUUUUUGCUUUACUCUUUUUGAGGUUCUUAGGCAUGAAUGUUGUCGUUGUUGUUUUCUGUAUUGUUUAUUUCCGCCAGACUCUUACAUUAGGUGGGGGUGAUGAGGGUUUUGCUCUGGCCACGUUUGGCUCAUGUAGACCCAUUACAGGACAAGUGAAUCAUAUUGCUCUAUACAGGGUGAUUGGUUCUCCAGCUGGUCCGAGGGAGCAUAGUUGGAGUGUUACAAUCCACUAGGGAAUGCACAAGCUAAAGUUCUUGGAAUGGUUGCAAAAUAGAGCUGGAUGGCCGUCUUAAAUUUUACUGCUAGCUGAUUUUUCCUCCACCGUCAAUAAUAAGAUUCAUUUUUGGUUCUUGAGUUCCUUUAAGCGGAUUUGGAAGUUUAUGCUAGCUGCAAAGUUAGUUUGAAUUUCUAAUAUGUGAACUAGAAUGCUGCUAAUAUGCUUGUUUUUUUUGUUUUGGAAGUGUCAAUAAAAUAGACAAUGUUGU